CAAAAUGAUUGUCCGGACAACAAGUUCAGGUGUUCCAAUGGAAAGUGCAUAACCAAGGCAUGGAUGUGCGAUGGUAUAAACGAUUGCGGCGACUACAGCGAUGAAAAUAAUUGUGGUAUGUGUCUGUCUGUAGCAUGUCAGACCUCUCAGUACAAAUGUGCGUCAACCGGCGAAUGCAUUCAUUAUGAUUUAUUGUGCGAUGGACUAAAGGAUUGCCCGCAUGGUGAUGACGAAGAUGUGGCCAGAUGUCCGCCAUGCGCGCCUAACGAGUUUAGAUGCAAAAAAUGGAAGAUGUGCAUCCCGAAUGAGUUUCAGUGCGACGGAAGCCCUGAGUGUUCAGACAUGUCGGAUGAAGAGGAUUGUCGUCAGUGA